ACUCUACAGAACAGAACAUCCCCCUCUCUAUCCCUCUUCCGUUCUCUCUGCAAAAUCUGCUCUUGCUGUAAGCUAUGGACAGCGAUUCCUUCUCGUUUCUACUGAAAAUUAAACGUUGUUUCUUCUUCGUUAUUCUUUUAUGUUUCUCUUUUCAUUUUGGCUUUGCCUGGAAAACGCCGUUCCACCCAAGAGAUGUUCUUCCACUAUUGCCCAGAGAAAUUUCAUGGCCUAUGCUCAACUCUCUCCAAAAUGCAGUUGAUCUUCUCCCAACUUUUGUUGGUGCUGCCUCGUCUCCCAACGACACUUUAGAGUGGAAAGGCGCUUGUUUCUAUAAGACCCAGGCUUGGAUGGAAUUUCAUAACAAAACUGGUAGCGAGUUCGGGGGAGGGACACUUCAUAUCAAGACUAGCAAUGCUCACAGUUGGACAUGUAUGGAUAUCUACCUCUUCACAACUCCCUACCGUGUGACAUGGGACUACUACUUUUUGGGUCGGGAGCAUACAUUUGAGUUUAAAGAAUGGGAGGGGAAAGCUGAGUAUGAAUAUGUUAAACAUAAUGGCAUCUCCAUUUUCCUCAUGCAAUCAGGGAUGCUGGGAACUCUACGAGCUCUUUGGGAUGUCUUCCCUUUAUUCUCAAAUACUGGAUGGGGUGAGAACUCUAACCUUGCAUUUCUCAAGAAGCGUAUGGGGGCUUCAUUUGAACAGCGUCCUCAACCUUGGGUUACAAACAUUAGUGUCGAUGAUAUUCACUCUGGAGAUUUCUUAGCAAUAUCCAAAAUUCGUGGGCGAUGGGGUGGUUUCGAGACUUUGGAGAAGUGGGUUACUGGAGCAUAUGCUGGUCAUACAGCUGUUUGCUUGAAGGAUUCUGAAGGAAAACUUUGGGUUGGAGAAUCUGGACAUGAGAAUGAAAAGGGAGAAGAUAUUAUUGCUGUGCUGCCUUGGGAAGAAUGGUGGGAAUUUGAGUUGACCAAAGAUGACUCCAACCCCCACAUUGCAUUGCUUCCCUUGCAUCCUGACAUCCAGGCCAAAUUUAAUGAAACUGCUGCGUGGGAGUAUGCAAGAAGUAUGUCAGGGAAACCAUAUGGGUAUCAUAACAUGAUAUUUAGCUGGAUAGACACUUUAGAUGGGAACUAUCCACCACCAUUGGAUGCACACGUGGUUGCUUCUGUUAUGACUAUAUGGCAUCAAAUGCAGCCAGAUUAUGCUGCUAAUAUGUGGAACGAAGCCCUGAACAUUCGACUUGGGACCAAGGACCUUGAUCUUCCAGAUAUUCUAGUUGAAAGUGAAAAACGUGGAUUAUCUUUCGAUAAAUUGCUCACAAUUCCUGAACAAGACGAUUGGCUAUAUAGUGAUGGGAAAUCAACCUCUUGUGUUGCUUUCAUUCUAGAGAUGUAUAAGCAGGCGGGGCUUUUUGAGCCAAUUUCCAGCUCCAUUCAAGUCACAGAGUUUACGAUAAAAGAUGCUUACACCCUCAAGUUUUUCGAAAAUAACUCAAGUCGCCUACCAAAGUGGUGUAAUGAAGCUGAUGACAAAGAGCUCCCCUUCUGUCAAAUUCGAGGUCAGUAUCGGAUGGAACUACCUGGAUACAAUACCAUGGAUCCAUACCCCCAUAUGAACGAGAGGUGCCCAUCUCUUCCUCCAGAGUAUCAUAGACCAGAAAAUUGCUGAAGCUGGCUCCUGUUUCUCUUUUUCAGUUUUGUAUAUAUUCAGUGCUGCACAGAUACUGGAUCAGGUAAUCUUAGAUCUGCCAUUGAUAGUUGAUAGGUGUGAUAUAAAAUAUUGAAAAUCUGAUGAGUAGAAGCAGUUGUUUGUACCACAGAAAAGAAAGGAAUGUUUGGGUGGGGAAGAAACAACUUUGCUUACUCUCUUGCCAAUUGAAAAUCAUUAAGAAAUUUAGCUUUAACAAAUUCAUCCAAAUGUGUGAACUUGUAAUUCCAAGUUGAGCUUUGAUAUAUUUUUUCUCU